AUGGAUUCAAAGAAGAAUGGUUCUCUCCCAGUCCGAGAGGUUGCAAGGUGUUGGUUUGCGCGGAACGCGCAGCUGCCUCAAGGACCAGAUUCGGACACCGAAAGCCAAUCGAUUGACUAUUCAAUCCCGUUAAAACCUUACACCCAAAGCAGCGGUUGUGAAGAGCACUCCAAAGCCGUGUGUUGGGGUGUGGCUGUCUUGGUCGAUUUGUCCUCAAAGCCCCUCAUCCAAGCCUCAUCUGCCUCUGCCAUUGGGUAUGAAGCUCCUUCCAAGGAUGAACCGUUUGAAGAACCGGAAGGAUCCACCGAGCACCGAUCGCGGCCAGUGGCCGUGCCGCGACAGGAUCUGCGUGGGCGCCUUUUGCGUCUUCAUCCUGGGCAUCGCGGUGGCCGACUGGCCGCUGAGACGUCGGCGCAAUCCUGGAGAGCCAAAACGGCCGAUUCGCCGGCUGUGUGGCUGGAUUUGGGUUCGGAGCUGGCUGUGUGGCUGGUCCGAGUGAGCCGGUCCUGGACGAAUCAGAGACGUGUCGGUGAUGACCUUUUGGAAGGGCUCUUUUCCACGGUAUUCUCGCUCCCAUGGUACCAUAAGCUAGCGCCGACGACGCCCUUCGCACGGCGAGCGUGGCGCACGCCGGAGCCCCACGAGGCGCGCGUCUUCCCAGGCUUCGUGGCCUCGGGCGUGCCGUCGCUGCCGCGCCGGUGCGCCGGCGUUUCAGGAGAGCGUGCAGCGGGCACGCAGUACUACCCACUCUCGCCCCGAGCGCGACGGAGGUCCUUGACUGGCUCCAGCGAGGUGGGUCGCUGGUGGCAUUCUCCUGGCUCGCUGGAAGCCAGCUAUGCCGGCCUCGACCACUUGCGGCGCGAGCGCGAGGGAGCGCGUGCUCCAACGCCGCCUGCACACAGGGCGGGGAUUCUGCAAAGCACCUUGCAGGAGGCGGCGUUUCCGCCUCCAGGUCCUCAGCCGCUGCCGCCGCCCAUGCCGCGGAUGUCAGAGGCUUAUCUGAGCCGACUGGGAGGUGUUCCCGGUCUCGAUCGCCUCCAAGCUGUCGAAGAAGAGAAGCAGGAGCUUCUGCGACGCUUGGAGGCCUCUGGCCGGCGGAACCAGGAGCUGGAGUUGGAGCGACAGACCCUCAAGUCGUCGCUGGAUCGGAUGCAGAAGCUCCUGGGAGAUCUGGUGAAUGUGCCCCAGGAGGUGACUCCGGCGGAGCGGCUCAAGGAGGUGCGACGGUACGGCUUCAUGCCAGUUGGUCCUCCUCGCCCUCUCUCGGAUCCCAGGAUCGACGUCUGGUCGCCCAGUCCAGAUGCACCGGGCUCUCCGUGGCGACACAGCCCAGGUUGGGACUCCGUCCUCUCGCGGGAGGUGCCCAGCACGGCCUUGGCCGACACGGCUCGGAUUCGGGCGGUGUCUUCACCCUUCAACUUCUGGAAGAGAGAGCCCAACCGUUCCGUCAGUCCAGGCUAUCCGACGCCACCGAGGCUGCGGUCCAUGAGCUACGGCCUCGUGACGGAGCCGGUGACCGAGGCGGUCAUUCCCCGAGCAGCGGCGGCGCUGCCGAGCGGGUCGCCUGAACGCUUCCAACCGGGCGAGUUGGUGGCCCAUGGAAGAGACCGGUACAACCUGAUGGAGAUUUGCCAGAACUUGCCCUCGUCGCGGAUGAGCCGCUGGUGA